AAAUCGACAUUAAUUCGUUUUUAUUUGAGAAAGUUGGCUGAAAGUUGUAUACAUGUGACGGUGAAUAAAGGCCUUUAGAUAUGUAUUCCAUUCUAAAUUAUUCCAUUUUGGUACAUCCUCAAUCCAUCCCUCUCUCUCUCUCUCACACACACACACACAACAAUCCCCCGCUUCAAAGACACGUUGCAACACGCGCGUGUAAUGGCGGAAGGGUCAUCGCGCGGCAGCCUGAAGCGCUCCUUCGUCGAAGACGAUGAAUCAAGCAAGCCCCCUCCGGAGAAGAAGGUGAGGUUUCCUAAAGGAAAGAAGGUGAAGCAGGUAGAUUAUGUAAAAGAUGCUACACCGGAAGAAGAUAUUCCGGUUGCGAAGGAUCCUCGCCUUGCUGCCAGAAAUCGUGCCGUCAGCCGAAGUAAGAUAGAAAAAGUGCUUGCAGAAGAUUAUACUGAUGCUGAAACCUUUGGUUUUGCAACUGAUGUAAGAAAAGCAGAAGUCCAGUACCAGGACAAUGAGGCAUUUAUUGAUGAAGGUGUCCCAGUAGAACCUUUUAAUCUCGAAAAAGAGAGAGAAGAGGGCUACUUUGAUGAUAAUGGAAAUUAUGUUGAAUACGUGAAUAAGAAUGAGAUUAAGGAUGCCUGGCUUGAUAGUGUGGAUUUAUAUGAGAAGUAUGUUGAAAAGAGGUCUAUGCCCAUGAGUACUGAUGACAAACCUGUUGACCUAUCAACAGAAGAGCUUGCAGAAAUUAAUAGGCGGAUUGCAGAUGCUCUUGAGCCUGGAGAAACAGUUUUGCGUGCUUUGAGGAGAUUAAAGGGUUCAACUGAUAAGAAGCAAAAGAUGUCUGCAGAGACCAAACAUCUGUUCGACCAGCUAACUGAAGAUGCCAUGAAACUAAUGGAAAAUGGAGAUUAUAAUGUCUAUGAUGAAAAGCAAGAACAUUUUGAGCGUGAAGCAGAGGGUUAUGAGAAAUUAGUCAAGGCUAGAAAGCAUGGUCUCUCAGAAAGUCUAGGCAAAGAAACGUCUGAAGACAUUUUUGACAUGUUUGGAGACGAUGAAGGGAAGGCUGCUGAGAUUCCCACCACUACUGGGAAUGGGUCACUUUCUGUCCAGGCCGUUCAGAGUGGAGAGAUGCAGAAUGACUAUGUAUAUGAUGAGUCUUCUGGAUAUUACUACAACAGCAAUUUGGGAUACUAUUAUGAUCCGUCCUCGGGGUUGUAUGGCUGUGCAUCAACUGGGAAAUGGUAUUCUUAUAACGAAGAAUCAGGGGCAUAUGAUGAAGUCCAAGAAGCUAUGGAUACCAACGCUGCUGGGGUGAGUUGAAGCUGCAUUUUAUUGAGGAAGCAUAGGAACACAUAUUUCAGCUUCAGAAAGCUGCUGCAAACAUUUAGAAGAAAUCUGAGGACAAAUAUAUAAAGCUAUCUCGGAUUAUUUAGAAGAAGACAUAUCGUUUGGAUCUUGUAUUAUAUAAGCUGUGAAUUCUUGGAUUUAAUCUUGCUAAAUUUCUCUUCGUUUUAGAA